AUGGAUGGAACAUUAAAACAUCUUUUGUAUUGGCAUCAUGAUACAAAUAAUGGAAAACUAUUUCAUCGUUUUUUUCAUGAAGAUUAUUUAAAUCCAAAAACAGGUGAAUCAAUUAAUUCAACAUUUGGUCCAACACUUGCUGAUUUAUCUGCAUAUUGUGAAUACAUUCAAUUUUGA